UCAGGCUUCUCUCUGCUACUGAUUACGGCCAUUACGGGCAGUUCGGUCUCCUUAUUGCGUGGCCCGAUCACCCGUAUCACUUGUAUUGGGUAUUCGGAUUUGCGAAAACAUGGAAAGUUCAGAAAAAUUAGUCGAAGAUACCAAGGCUCAAAGUAAUUCUGACCAAGUCACCAAGCCAUGGAAAGAUUUGGGACUUGUGGACACGCUCUGCAAAACAUGUUUGGAUUUGAAGUGGGCGGCACCUACCAAGAUUCAAAAGGAAGCUAUCCCUUUCACACUUGAAGGCAAGGAUGUGAUUGGAUUGGCAGAGACUGGAUCGGGAAAAACUGCUGCCUUCGCAUUACCAAUACUGCAGGCGUUAUUGGAGAAUCCUCAGCGAUACUUCGCGCUGGUCCUGACGCCUACAAGAGAAUUGGCGUUUCAAAUCUCAGAGCAAUUCGAUGCGUUAGGUUCCAGUAUGGGCGUGAAAACUGCGGUGCUAGUUGGUGGAAUGGACAUGCAUGCACAGGGAAUGGUACUCGAAAAGAAGCCUCAUAUUAUCAUUGCCACGCCUGGUAGACUAGUCGACCACUUGGAGAAUACGAAGGGCUUUAAUUUACGACAGUUGAAGUUUCUGGUGAUGGACGAGGCAGAUCGCAUCUUAAACGUGGACUUCGAGGCGGAGGUUGACAAGAUUCUCAGAGUAAUACCGCGGGAGAGGAGGACGUUGCUGUUCUCAGCGACGAUGACCAAGACUGUGCAAAAGCUGCAGCGCGCGUCCCUGCGAAAUCCCGUGAAAGUUGAAGCGUCUACGAAGUAUCAGACUGUGGAGAAGCUGCAACAAUAUUACAAAUUUAUUCCAGUGAAAUUCAAGGACGUGUACCUCGUGCAUAUCUUGAAUGAAUUGGCGGGCAACAGUUUCAUGGUAUUUUGCGGGACCUGCAACAAUACAGUAAGAACUGCCCUGCUGUUACGAAAUCUGGGAUUCACGGCGGUUCCCCUGCACGGGCAAAUGUCGCAGAACAAGAGGAUCGCCGCGCUUACAAAGUUUAAAGCAAAAAACAGAUCCAUAUUAAUUUCAACGGACGUUGCCAGCCGAGGUCUCGAUAUUCCGCACGUAGACAUCGUCAUCAAUUUUGACAUCCCCACGCAUAGUAAGGAUUAUAUACACAGAGUAGGCCGAACUGCGCGUGCAGGUCGGUCAGGCCGUUCCAUCACGUUUGUCACGCAAUACGACGUGGAACUGUAUCAACGAAUAGAACAGUUGAUAGGUAAAGAGCUGCCGUCAUAUCCUACCAAAGAGGAUGAAGUGAUGUUGCUGCAAGAGAGAGUGAGCGAAGCGCAGCGAAUAGCAAAAAUGGACAUCAAAAACAUCGAAGAGAACAGGAAGUCGGGCAAGCGGAAACGCGGUGGUAAUAAUGAAGACGAUGACACAGAACAGUCUCUUGGAGUGAGAAAAAGAAUGAAAAUAAAGAGCAAAAGAAAGUGAUGAUAAUAUUGAACAGUAUUUAACAAUAUUAUCAUCACUUCCUUUUGCUCUGUUAACAACAUGAAUUUCAAUUAAUGUUAAUAAUUUCAAUGUAAUAAAAUACUUUUUUUUACAACUAACACGAUUUAAAAUUACUCGAGCACUUUGUUACAAAUAUUUUAAUAUUACUCGGGUGGAUUUGUAGCGUCUCAGCAAAAGUUGAUACUUCGCUGUCGUAUCGAUGGAUGUUGUGUGAUGACGUACUUUGUUGGAUGCUGUGUGCCAAUCCUUGAAUCGUUACACGAAUGUGAAUGACAUACUAAAUUGUAGUUCGCAAAAGUGCACAUAAGAAUCUUAUUAAUUUAAGACUGAAUUCGUUAAUAUAAAUGCAAUUUAAUAGAAAGCAAAAAUUCCAUGAUUUUUCGUACUUCUAGUUUGCAAAUAAAAGAAUAUUUUUUGUGUAGCUCAUACAUACAUCUUCUCGUACUCGUAGCGCAUUGUGCGUCGUUUUAUGUAUUAUAUGAUUAGAUUCUGAACUCGUAUCAAGAAAUAUUAUGCCACCUAAAGCUAACAUCAGGAUAUGUGCGAUUUACAAUUCGCUAUUCGUAAAAGUUUUUUGAAAAUCUGUAGUUCGCCAAUGUGGACCUUCGUGAUUUACGAUUUGUAAUUCGGCGGCAAUUUUGUUUUUCUACUCUUGAAAUCUCUAUUUUUAGAAUUUCACAAUUACACAGUUCUUUUAUAAGCGCACGUUAUAAAUGUGCGAUUAUCUACUCGCGUAGAUUUUUACCCCAUUAUGGAAAGUUUGUUUCAAUUACUACAGUGGAAAAUCCAUUAUUGUAAACAAUAUAAUCAACUUUCCAAGCAA